AUGGCUCCCAACACUGAUUCCUAUAUCCGUGCGCUCAUUGUGACGCUGAAGUCACCUUCGGGUGGCAAAAAUACUGCCCAGAUCAGCACUACCACAGGUAUUUCACCACGUACUAUUGACGCAAUCUAUGGUAGAGCAUGCCAGCGUAGCUUCGAGCCCAAUUUACCUACGAUUAAGCUCCUCCUAGAGCACCUCGAAGAUGUCUCUCGUAUUAGGCUCCCGCGUAAGCAAGAAGCUAUCCACGAAGCUGCUAUCAAGAAAGUACGCCGCGACUAA